AUGCAUUCCAAUUACGUCUCAUCAAAUAACCUCAAUGAAGAAUUACUCAAAAUAAACUCGCAUUCACAUUCUAAAGUAAACAAGACAACAAAAAGCAGAACCUACGUAACAUUAGCAUGCACAAAUUGUCGUAGCAAAAAAGAAAAAUGUUCUGGAGGAAAGCCAUGUGAAAAUUGUCGUAAACGUGAUAGGGAAUGUGUAUAUGAGAAAUCAGAUAAAAAAAGAGGACCUAAACCUAAAUCAGCCAUUACACCUAUUAUUACUCCUAAGCUUUUUAAUUUAUUAAACCAUGAACCUGCUGUUCCCU